CCCGCUCCGGCCCCAAAGAAGAACUCGUCCAAAUGCUCGGCCCUCGGCUGCACUGAUCGCGCCGUCAAAAUCGUCGGCGAUUGCCGAUACUGUGCCUCCAAGUUUUGCUCGCGGCACCGGCUGCCGGAGGCUCAUGCCUGCCCCAACAUCCAGUCCUGCCGGCAGGAUGCCACUGCUCGCCUCUCUGACCGUCUGAUGGGCGAGAAGUGCGUCGCCAGCAAGGUCUAA